AUGUUUUUGGUUUAUUAUCAUUCAAAGGAAAAUCAUGCUCAAUUCACUGUGAAAGGGUGUGAGUACAUUGAUAUCCUUGAAAGAGAGAACGUGGCCAUCUUGACCUAUAGAAGGAAGGACUUUUUAUACUUCUGCCACUUGAGCUUUUUGAAGGAACGUUUCAUACAACUGUUGACAAAUCUUUGCACUAGUGGGUGUGCUGAUGACUGA